UAACACUUCAAAUGUUCAAAUGUUCACUUAACACGCUAUUCUAAUACUUAACCACUUACCAACUCUGGAUAGGCCACCUGCUUUCUCCCAACAUUAUACAUCCUGGGAGUCUUAUUCAAGUUCUCAACUACAUCUGACCGUUGUACAUUUGUUCAGCCUACUUUGAAGCGUGCUUAGAUUUCAGUAAGCACCUCGUGCCUGAAAUAGGCGGUUAUUCCAACAUCUGGGACUGCCUUGCAGGGAACACGAAAUUACACGCGCCACCCACUCCUCCAACCUGCUACUAUCCAACAUCCGCUCAUUCAUACUACUCUGCGCGCCCAACCCUGCCCUACAAAGAUGGCCAACUUGGGCCCCAAGAGGUUGACCAAGGAGCUAGCUAAGAUCUCCAAUAGCUUACCUCCUGGCAUUGCCUUGGUCUCGGCGGAUAACCUAGAAGAAUGGCAACUUGACAUCAAAGUACUUGAUCAGAAUCCUAUCUACAUAGGUCAAAUCUAUCGGCUGAAGUUCAAGUUCAACAAUGCGUAUCCCAUCGAGCCUCCCGAAGUAACAUUCGUCAAGCUGGAUGAUCGACCAAUACCUAUGCACCCCCAUAUCUAUUCGAAUGGGAUUAUAUGCCUUGACCUUCUAGGAACGCAAGGAUGGAGCCCAGUUCAAAAUGUGGAGAGCGUGUGCAUGAGCAUCCAGAGCAUGUUGACAGGAAACACCAAGAACGAGCGACCGCCUGGCGACGAGGACUUUGUGCGCGGAAACCGCCUGCGGCCCAGAGACAUCGACUUCUACUAUCACGAUAACACCGUAUAGAAGCAUUGUGUCUUGCGCAUUAACACAGGCUCCAAGGUAGAACAUAACCAUUGCAAUACUGCUUGCUGGUACUGGUGCUUAUAAUUACUGCAUUGCGGCGCCAAACCUGAUAUCGAUAUAUCGAUACAUUUCCUUUUCCAUCUGCAUGGUGGCUACUUGGGCUAAAUUUUCGAGGGAAAAUGGAGUUGAACACCUACGGGUGAAGGAGAUUCAUCGUCAUUAUCAUCAUCAUCAAAAGAUGCGGAGUUCUGAACGGUCAAGAGCAGCCCCAUAAGGCUGACAUGCGCGUUGCGCAGGUAGGCUGUGUGUGAUUUUCAUGUGAUUGUCAAGCAACAUCAGUGCUGGGAGCCGAUGCUCUCUGCGGGGUGGUUUCUGCAAUUGUAUUUACUUGCUCAGGACGAAUAUGCCUAAUAUGCCUCUAUGUCAACACUCCCAUUCUGUAAUCAAGACGCAAAUGGAACUGUGAAUAAUCAACUUAUCUUGGCAACUACAUACAUAUGAGCACCUACAUACUACCUACUAUGUAACCGGUUAGGAGUUUCCAAC